AUCUUCAAAAACUCCAUGCUUCCCUGUUCACUCCCCAAGCUUACUUUAUUAUUUAACCAAACAAACCCUCUCUCUCUCUCUCUCUCUCUCUCUCUCUCUUUUUUAUACCAAACAAACCCUAUUCUCUCUCUCUCUCUCUCUAAAUCACUUUCUCAGCUCAUGCCUCAUCUUGAGAAUUCCAAAUACGCACUCUCUCUCUAGCUUUCUCUCUCUUUCUGUGUGUGUGUGUGUGUGUGUGUGGGCAAGGGUUUUGAUGAAGAAUUUGCAGUAGUGAUCAUCUCAUGGAGAAGACAGAGGCUGCGAAAAUGGAGGGUCCAAUCGGAUCUUUGACAUUUUCCGAUCAGGUUCCGGCCAGCUGCAGCCCAUUACCGUCAGAGGUGUUUGACUUUUGCGAGGGAGAAGAGAAGAUCGGCCCUUCAUCAUCACUAGGGUUUAUGGAACUACUCGGUGUUCAAGACUACACCACUCCUUCCCUCUUUGAUUUGCUUCAGCCACCACCGCUCCUUCCUGAUCACCAUCACUACCAUCAUCAUCAUGAUCAGACGGCUGUUGUUCCCUCUGCGCCCACUCCCACCUCCACCGCCCCGGAGUCGUCGUCCGAGGUCCUCAAUCUCCCGGCCACGCCGAACUCUUCCUCGAUAUCAUCGGCCUCCAGCAAUGAUCGCGAUCCGCGGGCUAAGGCAGCUCACCAUGAUCAUGACUAUGAAGAAGGAGAGCAAGCAGAGAAGGUCACUAACAAACAAUUGAAAUCAAAGAAGAUGAACCAGAAAAGGCAGAGAGAGCCGAGAUUCGCUUUCAUGACUAAAAGUGAGAUUGAUCAGCUUGAAGACGGCUACAGAUGGAGAAAGUAUGGCCAGAAGGCUGUUAAGAACAGCCCUUUCCCUAGGAGUUACUACAGGUGCACCACUGCAACAUGUAAUGUGAAGAAGAGGGUGGAGAGGUCAUUCAGUGAUCCAAGCAUUGUUGUCACCACCUACGAAGGGCAACACACCCACCCAGUGAGCCCGACCGGGAUGCCUCGCUCUGCCGCCGCGGGAUUUCCGCCGCCACGGCUGAGCUCCGGCAUCUCCCCCGCCGCAGCCUACGCUAUGGCGGCGGCACCGGGGGUGCAAGUGAGAGCGCUGCCCUAUUCCGAUGACCAAAUUAACCAAUAUUUACAGCUGAAGCAUCAACAACAACAACAACAACAACAAAUGAUGUACUUCAAUGGUAACUUGCCGUUGUUGAGUAGUUUUGCUUGGAGGAAUGGUAGUUUGGCCGGCACCAGUGUUCCGACAACUACGUCGGAUUUGCUCAGAGAUCAUGGGCUUCUUCAGGACAUUGUCCCUACUAACAUGAGGAAGGAAGGCUAGAUGAAGAAGAAGAAGAAGAAGAACAUUUUUAGUACUACUGAGCUUCAUAUAAAUGUAUGUAUGUAUGUUGUUUCUGUUUUGCUGACUAAUUAAGAGUGUGAGACGAUGAGCUAGCAAGCUAACUGCAUGUAGAUGAAAGCCCCAUUACUCAAAAAAAAAAAAAAAAAUCUUAAUUAGUCGCUA